CCCAGCGCCGCGCCGUACCCCCGCCCUGACCGCUGUCAUGGCGGCAGCUCCGCUCCUGUCCAAGGCCGAAUACCUAAAGCGUUACCUGUCUGGGUCCGAGGCCGGCGCCGAGGGGGGCCCCGAGACCGGCCGCAAGCGUCGCAAAAAGCGGCCGAAGCUCGUCGGAGCCGGUGGCAAGGGGAUGCGGAUUGUGGAUGAUGAUGUAAGCUGGACAACCAUUUCCACCACAAAACUGGAAAAGGAGGAGGAAGACGAUGGAGAUUUGCCUGUGGUGGCUGAAUUUGUAGAUGAGCGGCCGGAAGAGGUCAAACAGAUGGAAGUCUUUCGUUCCAGUACCAAAUGGAAGCUUCUGGAAGGCCAGAAGGAAGAGUUACUUCAGGAUACCCUGGGUUCAUCUCAUAAGAAGAGCCUCCGUGUUACCCCGGAUCCUUCUCCCCACAGGAGGGCUCGUCACGAUACCCCAGAUCCUUCCCCUCCCAGGAAGGCCCGUCACGAUACCCCGGAUCCUUCUCCCCCCAGGAGGGCCCGUCACGAUACCCCGGAUCCUUCUCCCCCCAGGAAGGCUCGUCACGAUACCCCGGACCCUUCUCCUCCCAGGAGGGCCCGUCACGAUACCCCGGAUCCUUCUCCUCCCAGGAGGGUCCGUCACGAUACCCCAGAUCCUUCUCCUCCCAGGAAAUCUCAUCAUCAUCCUUCAGGUGUAUCUUCUAGGAGGGUCCACCGUGCCACAUCAGAUCUGUCCCCUUCUAAGAGGGCCCGUCUCAGCCCCACUGAUGCAUCUCCACCUAAAAGGACUCGGGAUUCCUCAGACACCACACAGCACAGGAGAACUCACCAAUACUCUCGAGAUUUGGCCCCGAAUGUCCCUCAUUCAUUGUCUAGAACCAAGAGUGCUCGAGCCCCAGAAAGGACCUCUAGCAAACAUGGCUCCGAUGCGGACCUCUCCCCUCCACGGAAAAAGCAUGCCAAGUCCCACUUUGGAGAUAAACAGCCCAGUUCUAAAGGGCGCCAGGAUUCAGAUUCAGAUCUGUCUCCUCCACGGAACAGACCCAGACCCCAGAGUUCUGACUCUGACCUGUCCCCACCGAGGAGGAAGCGAAGGGCCAGCUCUUCUGAUUCUGAUCUGUCUCCACCUCGGAGGAGUCAGCCUCCAGGAAAGAAGGCUACGCACAUGUAUUCUGGAGCCAAAACGGGGCUGGUGUUAAAAGACAUUCAGCAGGAGCAGCAGGAACUCAGGAAGCAGGAUGCAGAGAUUGUGACACUUGAAGCUGAGUUUCAACAUGCUGAAACCGUAUUUCGAGAUAAGUCUGGUCGUAAGAGGAAUUUGAAACUGGAACGUUUGGAGCAAAGGAGAAAAGCAGAGGACUCUAAAAGAGAAGAGCAGUAUGCCCAGUGGGGUAAAGGCCUUGCCCAGUGCCGGCAGCAGCAGCAAAAUGUGGAGGAUGCCAUAAAGGAGAUGCAGAAGCCUUUCGCCCGUUAUAUCGAUGACGAAGAUCUGGACCGGAUGCUGAGGGAGCAAGAAAGAGAGGGAGACCCCAUGGCCAACUUUAUCAAGAAAAAUAAGGCCAAGGAAAACAAGAAUAAGAAAGAGAAACCCCGCUACAGUGGCCCAGCACCACCUCCCAACAGAUUCAAUAUCUGGCCUGGCUAUCGCUGGGAUGGAGUGGACAGAUCCAAUGGAUUUGAACAGAAGCGGUUUGCCAGGCUUGCCAGCAAGAAGGCGGUUGAGGAACUUGCGUAUAAGUGGAGUGUUGAGGAUAUGUAACUGUUGUGAGUCUGUGUGACUGGCGAUGGCAUGUGCAAGUGGACAUAGGACAGCAAUUUUUUCCAGCAGUGACUGUGUCUAGAGCCAUAAUCAAGUCCACAAGUACUGACCCCUUGUGGAGUGCCCGUCUACUUCCAGGAGCACCACUGAGCCUUGUUGUUUGGACCCAUGCGCCCGUCCUCAGGGGCACCAGCACUCAUUGUCACUUACCAUCACUCACUUGCUGGCUCUCAGGGGACACUGGCUUUUCGGUGUCCUGGGGCCUGUUCUUGGUCAGGGUUUUUCUUUUGUAAUAAAACACAGUUAUUUUUUUUUAA